GUAGAGAGAGAGAGAGAUCAGCUUCAUUGAGCUCACAAAAGCUCGAUUGCUCGCAACGGAAGCGGCACGCGAUAAAAUUUUAAAUUCCCAUUUUGCAGUUGUGAGAAACAUGUUUAGUUUUCGCAUUCAGUUCUCAAGGCAAAGAUGAAGUGUUUACAACUGAUUUUCAUAGCGCUGCUCAGCUGCAGCUCCAGCCAGGCGUUGGCCAAAACUUACUCUGCGGACUACACAGAUCUGAUGGAUUUGGAAGACAACAACGAGUUCGUCUGGGGCGCUGCUGAGAAUAGGCAGCAUGGCCGCACUAAUGCCAGCGCUGAGCGGGCUAAUGAUGAUAAUAAUGACAAUGCCGGCAUCAGUAAUUUUCUAGCGCGUCAUCGUUUGAGCAAGAGACAGGCUGAGGGGGCUUCCCCUCUACUGGAAAACAAAGACUAUGGCCCGUGUCGCACAUCCCUAGGCGAUGCCGGACGCUGUCGCCACAUAAUUUACUGUCGCAUGCCGGAGCUGAAGGACGAUGUCUGGCGCUUGGUCUCCCAGCUGUGCAUCAUUGAGAAAACUUCCAUUGGCAUUUGCUGCACAGAUCAGGCGAUCCCAUCACGUUUCAGUCCACAGAUUGUGGGCGGCUCAGACGACGAAGCACCACGCAUUGUCAAUCGACCCGAGCAACGCGGCUGCGGCAUUACAACACGUCAGUUCCCAAGAAUAACGGGCGGUCGUCCGGCAGAGCCCGACGAGUGGCCCUGGAUGGCGGCACUGCUGCGGCAGGGCCAUCCCUAUGUCUGGUGCGGCGGUGUGGUGAUCACAGAUCGCCAUGUGCUCACCGCGGCCCAUUGCCUCUACAAGUGGCCCAAAGAGGAGAUAUUUGUGCGUCUGGGCGAGUACAAUACGCAUCAAGUGAAUGAGACGCGGGCGCGUGACUUCCGCAUUGGCAACAUGGUGCUCCAUGUGGACUACAAUCCGAUAACGUACGAGAAUGACAUCGCCAUCAUACGCAUCGAGCGACCGACGCUGUUCAAUACAUACAUUUGGCCAGUUUGUAUGCCGCCACUGAACGAGGAUUGGACUGGACGCAAUGUCAUUGUCCUGGGCUGGGGCACACUCAAAUUCAGUGGACCACACUCCAAGAUUUUAAUGGAGACCAGCUUGCCCAUUUGGAAGCAAUCGGACUGCCAAGCUGCCAUUGUGGACCACGUGCCGGAUACGGCCUUUUGCGCUGGCUUGCCGGAGGGCGGACAGGAUAGCUGUCAGGGCGAUAGCGGUGGUCCGCUGCUCAUCCAGUUGCCCAAUCGGCGCUGGGUCACCAUUGGCAUUGUCUCCUGGGGCCUGGGCUGUGGCCAACCAAAGCGUCCGGGCAUCUACACGCGCGUCGAUCGCUACCUGGAAUGGAUCAUAUCCAAUGCGGAUAUAUAAAAUGAUGAGCAAUUGAUGACAUUUACAUUCAAUUUAAUUUGGCAUAAGAUUAACAAAUGCUUUUCUCUAAAUAUAUAUACCUAUGUAGACAAUAA